AUGCCCUCACGCACCGCCGCCCUCCGUUUCGCGCCCACGAUCCCCUUCCGCAGCCUCGCCAGACCAUUCUCAUCGCCCUCACCGAUAACCUCCAUCCUCCCCUCCUCCUCCUCCACCACCAUCACAAGCUCAAGCUCGAAAAGAACCCUCACAAUGACCUCCCAAAACAACUCCAAAUUCGCCGGCGGCACCCAAGCAACCCAUAACCCCCACCCAGACUUCAAAUCCGUAGAAUCAACCCGCCCGCCGUUUGACGCCGCCGCCAAAAUCCGCUUCACAAAAACAAUCGACCCCGACUGGCACUUUGGCUCCGGCGCAAACCACCUCGGCCGCACCGGCGCCGGCACCUCCGUCCCGCACGUCGCCAUCGAUCCCCACGAGGCAGGCCGCCCAGCAGGCUUCAACUACAAACUCCUCAUCUCCGCCAUCACCCCCCGCCCCGUCGCCUUCCUCUCCACCCGCUCCCCCGACGGCACCGUCACGAACCUCGCGCCCUUCAGCUACUUCAACCUGGUCAACCACGAUCCCCCCAUGUUCGUCGUCGGCUUCGCCGCCUCGGUCCAAAAGCCCAAAGACUCCCUCAAGUGCCUCCUCGAAAGCAAAGAGUGCGUCAUCAACAUCAUCUCCGAGGGCUUCCUCGAGGCCGCAAACGCCACUGCCGUCAACGCGCCCUACGGCAAGUCCGAAUGGGACGUCAGCGGCCUCACGCCCGUCUACGACUGCAAGCACGUGCAGGCCGCGCGCGUCAAGGAGGCCGUCUUCAGCAUCGAGGGGAAGCUGGAUUCGUUCAAGGAGUGGGAGUCGCGCGCUACGCCGGGGAAGACGAGCAGUGUUACCGUGUUUAUCGAGGGCGUCAACUUUUGGGUGCGGGAGGAUGCCAUCAAUGAGCAGAAGAAUAUCGUUGAUUCUACUGUACUUCGCCCGGUCAGCAGGUUGGGAGGCAUUACGUACGGCCGCACUACCGAGGUCUUGGAGAUCCCUAGAGCAGAUUGGGAUUCCAACAUUGGUGGCGAGGAGGGCUACGAGAAGCUUAAGAAGAACGAGCAAUAG